AUGGAAGGGGAAAAUCUUAUUUUGAUUCAUCGUUUCAGAGGUUCAGUCCAUGAUACCUACUGCAUAACUCUGGGCCUAAGGUAUAACUUUGAAGUUGGUGCUCCUCUAGCUCCUUCUGUUCUCACUGUGCACACUCUGUCCAGUCAACAAACACUGAGAGUCUUUGCAUCCUCCGUGCUGUGGUAUCAAGUUCUUUCUGGUUUGAAGAUUGCAGUUUCUUGGGUUUUGCAAAUUAUGUGGACAGGACUUCUGUUCUACACAGGUAUCAGUGAUGAUGGUAUGGAAAAUUUAGUAAGUGUGCUUAACUGUGUAGGUGGCUGUCAAAUUUUUGUCAAUCAAGAUUGGGUUUUGAUUGAUUUUCUGUUAUUCUUUAUACCUACCCUUGUUAUGACCAUUCUAUAUAGUAAGAUUUUUGUGGUAGCUAAACAGCAAGCUAUAAAAAUUGAAACCAGUAUGGGUAGUAGUGAAACAGAAUCAUCUUCAGAGAGUUACAAAGCCAGAGUGGCCAGGAGAGAGAGAAAAGCAGCCAAAACCCUGGGGGUCACAGUGGUAGCAUUUCUGAUCUCAUGGUUACCAUACACAAUAGACGCAUUAAUUGAUGCUUUUAUGGGCUUUAUCACCCCUGCCUACAUUUAUGAAAUUUGUGGUUGGUGUGCUUAUUAUAACUCAGCCAUGAACCCUUUAAUAUAUGCAUUAUUUUACCCGUGGUUUAGAAAAACCAUAAAAUUUACUUUAAGUGGAGAAAUUUUAAAGGGUAGUUCAUCAACCAUAAGUGUAUUUUCAGAAAAAGUAUAA